GAGGCGGGGCCCCUCGGAAACUGGAGCCCUAGGCCGAUUUGCUGGGGAGGACGAACUCGCACGGAGCCCUGCCUCAGAAACAGGGGCAGACUAGCAGCAGGCGCUCCUGCCUGACCCGCGUGGGGAGGCGCCACCCACAGACAGCUCCUGGGGCCGAGAGGCAGCCAGCUGCGGUGAGCGCCCGGCCCGCGGGGUGACGCGCACCAGGCUCGGGGGGCGGGACACAGAGCUGCAGCCACGGCGGGCUAAACCUAGAGGGCCGCGCGCUGCCCCUAAGGCUGGGAUUGGAUUGACGCGGCCGCCCCCAGCGCAUGCGUCCCGCGCGGCGUCCGGUCCUAUCUCCUGCGUGCCCCCUUCGCCCCGCCCCCGCCUGAAGGGACGUCAUUGCGUCGCGGCUGGUCACGCCCCUUUCACUUUCCUUCUGAGCCGUGGUGGCCGGCUCGACUGCUGCUCGGUGACCCGGCCGCCGGCGGGUGCGCGCGCGGCCUGCCCCGGCCGCCAGAGGGAGCCCUGCAGGCCCGGGCCCGGGCUGGGAGCGAGGGUCUCGCCCCCGCAGGGAGAUGUCGCGGCCCAGCAGCGUGUCCCCCCGGCCGCCCAGCAGCGCCCUGUCCGGCGGGGGCCCGGCCGCAGCCUCCGGCUCGGGCAGCGGCCGGGCCAGGGGGCUGAAGGACAUUCGCAUCGACGAGGAGGUGAAGAUCGCGGUGAACAUCGCCCUGGAGCGGUUCCGCUACGGGGACCAGAGAGAAAUGGAAUUUCCUUCUUCUUUGACUAGUACUGAAAGAGCAUUUAUUCACCGACUGAGUCAGUCUCUUGGUCUGAUUUCUAAAAGUAAAGGAAAAGGAGCAAACAGAUAUUUAACCAUAAAGAAGAAAGAUGGAUCAGAAUUGGCUCAUACAGUAAUGGCCUGUAGUCUGACCCCCAAUACAAAACAUGCUAUUAGGAGCCUAAUUCAGAGAUUUCCUGUGACCAAUAAAGAACGCACUGAACUUCUACCAAAAACAGAACGAGGAAAUGUGUUUGCUGUUGAAGCUGAGAACAGAGAAAUGAGUAAGACAAGUGGGCGACUUAACAAUGGCAUCCCUCAGAUUCCUGUGAAAAGGGGGGAAUCUGAAUUUGAUUCCUUCAGGCAAUCUCUACCAGUUUUUGAAAAACAGGAAGAAAUUGUCAGAAUUAUUAAAGAAAAUAAAGUUGUUCUGAUUGUGGGAGAAACUGGAUCAGGAAAAACUACUCAGAUUCCUCAAUUCCUUCUUGAUGACUGUUACAAAAAUGGAAUUCCAUGUCGCAUAUUUUGCACUCAGCCAAGACGUUUGGCAGCUAUUGCUGUGGCUGAAAGGGUUGCUGCAGAAAGGAGAGAAAAGAUUGGCCAGACAAUUGGCUAUCAGAUCCGAUUAGAAAGCAGGGUUUCUCCAAAGACGCUGCUAACAUUUUGCACUAACGGUGUAUUACUUCGUACGCUGAUGGCAGGAGACAGCACGCUAUCGACCGUGACGCAUGUUAUUGUGGAUGAAGUACAUGAGAGGGAUCGAUUCAGUGACUUCUUGCUAACAAAGUUAAGAGACAUAUUGCAAAAACAGACAGCUUUGAAACUGAUUCUUUCUAGUGCUGCCCUGGAUGUAAAUCUCUUUAUCAGAUAUUUUGGAAGCUGCCCAGUGAUACACAUUCAAGGAAGACCAUAUGAAGUUAAGGAGAUGUUUCUGGAAGAUACCUUACGAAGUACAGGAUAUACAAAUAAAGAGAUGGUAAAAUACAAAAAAGAAAAACAGCGAGAAGAGAAACAGCAAACCACCCUUACAGAAUGGUAUUCUGCUCAAGACAACACUACCAAACCAGAAUCUCAAAGACAGAGAUCUGUCCCAAGUGUGUCUGAAGAGUAUGACUUGUUGGAUGAUGGUGGUGACACAGUGUUCAGUCAACUGACUGAAAAAGAUGUGAAUUGCCUUGAACCAUGGUUAAUAAAAGAAAUGGAUUCUUGUCUCUCCGAUAUAUGGUUGCAUAAAGAUGUUGAUGCCUUUGCUCAGGUGUUUCACCUUAUCUUAACUGAAAAUGUCAGUGUUGAUUACAGACACAGUGAAACCAGUGCAACUGCACUAAUGAUUGCUUCAGGGCGAGGUUUCUUAAGUCAGGUAGAACAGCUGAUUGGAAUGGGAGCAAAUGUCCACAGCAAAUCAUCCAAUGGCUGGAUGGCUUUGGAUUGGGCUAAACAUUUUGGACAGACUGAGAUUGUAGAUCUUCUGGAAUCUUACAGUGCUUCAUUAGAGUUUGGAAAUCUGGAUGAAAGUUCUCUAGUGCAGGCAAAUGGUGGUGAUCUUAGUGCAGAAGACAGAGAACUAUUGAAAGCUUAUCAUCACAGUUUUGAUGAUGAAAAAGUGGAUCUGGAUCUGAUAAUGCACCUACUUUACAACAUCUGUCAUAGCUGUGAUGCUGGAGCAGUUUUAAUUUUUCUUCCUGGAUAUGAUGAGAUAGUUGGCUUAAGGGAUCGCAUUCUGUUUGAUGACAAGAGGUUUGCUGAUAAUGCUCACAGAUAUCAAGUUUUUAUGCUGCAUUCAAAUAUGCAAACAUCAGAUCAGAAGAAGGUGCUAAAAACUCCACCUCCGGGCAUUCGCAAAAUAAUUCUUUCUACUAAUAUUGCAGAAACCAGCAUCACAGUCAAUGAUGUUGUCUUUGUUAUUGACUCUGGCAAGAUGAAAGAGAAGUCCUUUGAUGCGCUGAACUGUGUUACCAUGCUAAAAAUGGUGUGGAUUUCAAAAGCCAGUGCCAUCCAGAGAAAAGGCAGGGCUGGACGCUGUCGGCCUGGAAUCUGUUUCCGACUCUUCAGCAGGCUCCGAUUUCAGAAUAUGUUGGAAUUUCAGACUCCAGAACUUCUAAGAAUGCCACUACAGGAACUUUGUUUGCACACAAAACUGCUAGCACCAAUUAACUGUCCAAUUGCUGACUUUUUGAUGAAAGCCCCAGAUCCUCCACCAGCCUUAAUUGUGAGAAAUGCUGUUCAGAUGCUUAAGACAAUAGAUGCCAUGGAUACCUGGGAAGAUCUCACGGAACUUGGUUAUCAUCUGGCUGACUUACCUGUAGAGCCACACCUUGGUAAAAUGGUGUUGUGUGCUGUUGUUUUGAAGUGCCUGGAUCCUAUUCUUACUAUUGCUUGCACUCUUGCAUAUCGAGACCCUUUUGUCCUACCUACACAGGCCUCACAAAAACGUGCAGCCAUGCUGUGUAGAAAACGUUUUACUGCAGGAACAUUUAGUGACCAUAUGGCGCUUCUCAGGGCAUUCCAGGCAUGGCAGAAGGCACGAAGUGAUGGCUGGGAGAGAGCCUUCUGUGAGAAGAAUUUUCUCUCUCAAGCUACUAUGGAAAUCAUUAUAGGAAUGAGAACACAGUUGCUUGGUCAGCUCAGAGCAUCAGGUUUUGUUAGAGCCAGAGGUGGAGGUGAUAUUCGAGAUGUUAACACCAAUUCUGAAAAUUGGGCUGUAGUGAAAGGUGCUUUAGUGGCUGGGAUGUAUCCAAAUCUAGUGCAUGUGGAUAGAGAGAACCUUGUAUUGACUGGCCCGAAGGAGAAGAGAGUGCGAUUUCAUCCUACCUCUGUUCUUAGCCAGCCUCAGUAUAAAAAGAUUCCUCCAGCAAAUGGUCAAGCUGCAGCAAUUCAAGCACUCCCCACAGACUGGCUUAUAUAUGAUGAAAUGACUAGAGCACACAGGAUAGCCAACAUCAGAUGCUGUUCAGCUGUGACGCCUGUCACUGUGUCCCUCUUCUGUGGUCCAGCUCGGUUGCCAAGUAAUGCUUUACAGGAGCCCUCAUCCUUUAGAGUGGAUGGUGUUCCUAAUGAUAGUAGUGAUAGCGAGAUAGAAGACAGAACAACUGCUAAUCUGGCUGCAUUGAAGCUAGAUGAAUGGCUACAUUUCAAACUGGAUCCUGAGGCUGCCAGUCUGCUGCUGCAACUCAGACAGAAAUGGCAUAGUUUAUUUCUGCGCCGCAUGCGAGCUCCUUCUAAACCUUGGUCUCAAGUUGAUGAAGCAACUAUAAGAGCAAUCAUAGCUGUUUUAAGUACUGAAGAGCAGUCUGCAGGCUUACAGCAACCAUCAGGAAUUGGGCAAAGACCAAGACCUAUGUCUUCUGAAGAACUUCCCUUAGCAUCUUCUUGGAGAUCAAAUAGCAGUAGGAAAAGCUCAGCAGAAACAGAAUUCUCUGAUGACUCUUCUAAUGCUGAAAAAGUCCUAAUGAAAUCUACAUCUCCAGCAUUUCACCCACCACAGAAAUACAAAGAAAGAGGUAUCUUGCAUUCUAAACGAAGUUCAGAUGACAGGUCAGAUCAGUCAUCUGUGAAAUCCACAGACAGUAGUAGCUAUCCCAGCCCGUGUGCCAGUCCUUCUCCUCCAUCAUCUGGAAAGGGAUCCAAGUCUCCUUCACCCAGACCAAAUAUGCCAAUUCGGUACUUCAUUAUGAAGAGCAGCAACUUGAGAAACCUUGAUAUUUCUCAACAAAAAGGUAUCUGGUCUACAACUCCAAGUAAUGAGAGAAAACUAAAUAGAGCCUUUUGGGAAAGCAGCAUGGUUUACUUGAUAUUUUCAGUUCAAGGAUCAGGACAUUUUCAGGGUUUUGCUAGAAUGUCUUCAGAGAUAGGACGUGAGAAAAGUCAAGACUGGGGCUCUACAGGCUUGGGAGGAGUGUUUAAGGUGGAGUGGAUCCGGAAAGAAAGUCUUCCCUUUCAGUUUGCACACCACUUACUCAACCCUUGGAAUGAUAAUAAGAAAGUACAAAUAAGCAGAGAUGGCCAGGAAUUGGAACCACAGGUUGGAGAACAGCUGCUACAGCUUUGGGAUCGUAUUCCUUUAGGAGAGAAAAACACAACUGAUUGAUUGACAAUAUACAGUAACGCACUUGAGUUCUGGACGCUGAGAUACAUCCAUUUUAUAACCACUAGAACCAGCACUGCUCAGCACCUACACAAAUAGAAGAGGGGAAAAGCCAUGUAGUGAAAUGGGCUGUUGGAAUUGAUACCAUUUCUCUAAAGUUAGCAUCAUAAAAAUAAAACGGAGCAGGUUUUCAGUAAGCUCAUAGUAGUAAGUGUGAUAACAGCAUUUUGCUAUUGUGGUUUUGACUGAAUGAAAAAUGAUGUAUGUUUUAUUUGUGUGACGUUCAGUGUGCAAUUUAUGUCUGAACAAUUUUGAAACUUUAAAUAUUAAGUUUACAACAAUGGAGCAGGAUGAAGUUGCUGGUGGGUUUUAAAUAGUACAGUAGGCAUUAAAUAGAUCCUUUCCUUUCAGAACUGCCCAAUGCAGCAGAAGGUUUGGGAGCAACUAGUGUAAUAUUAAUUAGUCUUAGAAUUUCACAUUUUAUUGUUUAAUUCUUGAGAACAGUAUUUUCUAGAUGUAGUUGUUGAAGAUUUGUCAACGUAGAUGCUCAAGGCUACUUUUAUUAUUGGGAUAGAGCAGGAUAUAUGCUGACAACUGAUGGGGCAGACGGUGCACCUCCUAGCUAAAGACAAAUUGCAUUUAAAUUUGCAGCAUGAAUGGAAAGAGAAGGAAGGUUCUCCCUUGCCUGAAGGUUGUUCAAGAGUAAGUUUCCAGUCCCCACUAUAUUUUUAAUCUGUGUACCCCGUAAUUCCCUCUUCAUAAAGUGGAUUCUUCCCUCAUUGCUAUUAUUUCUCAUCUGUACAGCAAUAAGCAAAGUCAAUAAGCUUUUUCAAAGGCUGAAGACAAAGGCAAAAACCUUGGGUUCUAGCAAGUAGCAUCUUUUGUUGAAGACCUAAUCUUCUAAUUGCUCUCUUUUCUGACCUGCACAUAUGCUUUUGUAUUGUUGUACAUGUACAUAGGGUCCCAUACUGUGUUACUUGACUUUUAAGGAUAUACAUGAAGUUCCUGCACUGCUUUGAUGGGGAAGAUGGAAGGCUAGCAGUUCAGCGAUAUCUUUCACUGAACUUUAAGUAGAAUAGAUAGCAUACUUUCCCUUUUAACACUCAUUAUUGUUUAGAGAAGAUAUGUAAUCUUAAAACUUUGGAAAGGACUGGAGUUCUAUACUUUAAAACACUCACAAGAGAAAAAAAUCAUGAGUGGCUUUAACAGCAGGGAAAAGAGAAUAUAAGAAAAUCCUUCUGUUUUAUCUGUGGGAACAUUGAUACAUUACAUCAGCUAAAAUAUUCUGGAUGCCUACUGACUUCUACAUGGAUUUUUAUUCUUUAACUUAAAUUUUUUGUGUGUAGAUUUGACACACUUGGUUUGAGAUCACCUGCAAUUAGAUGCUACUGUACAUCAUUGUAAUUACGUUUUUCCUUUUUAAAAUUUUACUAAUGAUGACCUUAGUUUCAUAUUAUGCAUUUAACUGUUUAGUGUUUUGAAAUUAGAAAUAAGGAAUUUCUGGAAUAAAGUUGUUUCAGUUUUA